AUGGUAACUGUCCCAGAACCCAUCUUUUCGUACUACGUGCAUGUAACAACUGGAGAACAACCUACAAGUAUAACCUUAAUUGACGGCUUGGUUGACGAAACCCGUUUCAUCGAAAAUCCGGAAGUCAUAAAAGAAAGCUUAAGUUCACGAAAUGACGAUUUAGUGCACACGAAAAACAAAUUGGAGGUUGAAUCUCUGAGUCACUAUUUACUUUCCAUUGUUUAUAUGCCGCUAUCUUUGAGAAUGAUAUGCGUGACAAAUCUUUUUUGCUGGAUGGCGCAUGUCUGUUACUCGCUAUAUUUUACGGAUUUUGUGGGCGAGGCAGUUUUUAAUGGAGACCCCAGGGCUACCACCGGAACUGACCUUCAACUACGUUAUGAAGAAGGUGUGCGAUUUGGAUGUUGGGGCAUGGCAAUGUACUCUCUAUCAUGCUCCUUUUACUCACUUAUUAUUGAAAAACUAAUUCAACGUUUUAAGGCUAAGUCUGUGUACGUUGGAGGACUAAUAUUUUAUUGCACAGGAAUGGCCUUAAUGGCUUUAACUAGAGCAAAGCUAAGCGUUUUAGUAUUCAGUUGGACAGCGGGUAUUAUGUACUCUACGCUAUUUACUAUGCCCUAUCUUCUGGUUGCUCAUUAUCAUAAUGUUUCUACAUUUGAAUUAGAUGAGAACGGAGUUCCAAAACUUGGAUCAGGAUUACGAGGACUUGGUACUGAUAUUGCUAUUAUAAGUAGCAUGGUCUUUUUAGCCCAAUUCAUUUUAUCUUUAUGUAUGGGCACAAUUAUAAAAAUAUCGGGAACUACUACAGCUGUUAUAAGUACCGCCAGCUUUUUGAGUUUUUGUGGCGCUCUGUCAGCUACAAAGAUUAUGUAUUUGGAUCUAUAAGCUUAUUUGAAAAUAAAAUAAAAAUAAUAGACUAGAAAUAAAAAAAGUUAAUCUAUCUGUCGUGUCAAAGCGUUUUCUUGAUCUAUAAUUGUCUUUUGAAUCUAAUUAACAAGCGGCACAUAAGCCAAUAAAAGUUUCACCUGACUCCCAAAUAAAAAAGACAAUAGGCGAGAGUAUCCC